AUGCAUGUCAUGGGAUUCCUUGGGUUUGUCCUGUUUGUGGAACCUCCGGUUCGAACCGCACCUCCGCGGUUCGGGUCCAAAAAUACUAAAAAUGCCCCGCGGUUCCAUGGUCUAGCACCAAGAACCGCACCUCCGAGGUGCGGUGCGGUUCAGAACCGCGGUUCUCGAGGUUCCAUUACGAGGCCUAAUUACAGCAAAGAUCCGCGAGCUGGGGAUGAGCUCCGCCAUACUCGGGUCCGGCUGGACGACGCGCGCAGCGAUAGCGGUCGAUUCCAGACAAAGUCUCGUUUGCUUCAGAGUGAGCUUGACACCAGCUCACACCGAGCCAGUCGGCUAGAGACUGAAUUGACGCACGUCAGAGGGGGAAUCACGGAGGUGAUCAAGGCGUUGCAAGGCCAUACGGGCCAGAACAGUAGCGCUAUAAAUUCGUCAGGGCCACUCCCGAAAGCGUUCACAAACUAG